UCUUAGAUACAGCAGCACAUGCUUCUAUAAAGACUGGAAUGACAACGGAAAGACAGAAGAAAAGAAAAGAAAAACACUCCCUCGUCUGUUCGCUUUUUCUUCCUUCACUUCCUUACUCCCCCCGUCUCUCUCUCUCUCUUUCCCUGUUCUUCUCGCGCUCUCAUUUAGUUCGGAGAAAACAUGAAGGAAAAGAGGAGCAAAUUCCAGCGGGGACCACCAAAGUCAAGUGAAAGUUUCUCCUGAGCGGGGAUCUCAUCAUUACCAAGCGGAUGGACGGACAGGAAGGAAAAUAUCAAUUCAAGUCCUUGCCGUGAUAAGCGCUUAGAUUAAUAAACAAUCGCAAAAGUCAUAAACUGCGCUCGCUCGUGAAUGUGUGACAGUCGCGUCCGCGUGCGUUGAGCCAGCCGGACUCGAGGCUCUGGUUCUGGUUCUGUAUACACUAAAGGUCAGAGACUUCAAACCGAGAAGCAGAGGCGUCGCCACCCGUCGAUUCAGCAGCAGUCAUGGCCGGGGCGAAACCGGGAGUACACGCGUUACAGCUCAAACCGGUGUCUGUCCAUGAGGUGCUCAAACGGGGGAGCAAGUUUAUCAAGUGGGAAGAGGACCCCAGCAUCCCACCCAGCCUCGUCACCCUCAAAGUUGACCCAGAUGGAUUCUUCCUCCACUGGUCUGGAGGGACCAACAUGGAAUUUGAAAUCCUGGACAUCAGUCAUAUCAGGGACACCAGGACGGGGAGAUAUUCCAAGAUACCAAAGGACCCACGUAUACGUGAAAUGUUGGGUUUGAGCAGAGAAGGGAACUCCGACUCAAAGCUGCUAACUGUUGUCUACGGCAACGACCUGGUCAACAUCUCCUUCCUUAACUUCCAAGCUGUGAUGGAUGGCUAUUGCAAGCUGUGGACUGACGAACUGUUUAAACUUGCCACAAACACACUCUCCCAGAAUGCUUCCCGCAACACCUUCUUGUUCAAAGCUUACACAAAGCUGAAGCUGCAGGUAAAUCAGGAUGGGAAAAUCCCAGUGAAGAACAUCAUGAAAAUGUUCUCGGAUAAGAAACGUGUGGAGAAUGCGCUGGAGCACUGCGGUCUGGUCAAUAGCAGAGUAAUCAGUCGUGCACAGGGGGAUCAUGGUAUAAAGUUAGAGGACUUUACCUGGGAAAUGUUCCAGAACUUCCUCAUCAAACUAUGUCCCAGAGCAGAGGUGGAGCGUGUCUUUGUGGAGCUUGGCUCUAAAGGGAAGCCCUUCUUGUCUCUGGAUCAGUUGAUGGACUAUAUAAAUCGGAGACAGAGAGAUUCUCGACUAAAUGAGGUUCUUUACCCACCGCUCAAACGAGAUCAGGUCCGCCAAAUCAUGGAGAAAUUUGAAACCAACGUCAGCCAGCUGGAAAGAGACCAGAUCUCCCUAAUGGCCUUCGCAAAGUAUCUUGGUGGGGACGAGAACUCUGUGGUUCCUUCUGAGAGGUUAGACAUCAUCGAUGAUAUGAACCAACCCCUGUCCCACUAUUUCAUCAACUCUUCACACAACACAUACCUCACAGUGGGGCAGUUGACGGGCCUGUCGUCAGUAGAGAUGUACCGGCAGGUGUUACUGACAGGGUGCCGCUGUAUAGAGCUAGACUGCUGGAAGGGCCGCCCACCUGACGAAGAGCCAAUCAUCACGCACGGUUUCACAAUGACAACUGAGAUUCCAUUCAAGGAGGUGAUUGAAGCUAUCGCUGAAAGUGCAUUCAAGACGUCCCAAUAUCCUCUGAUCCUGUCCUUUGAGAAUCAUGUGGACUCAGCAAAGCAGCAGGCUAAAAUGGCAGAAUACUGUCGCUCUAUGUUCGGGGACGCGCUACUCAUUGAUCCACUAGACAAAUAUCCGCUGGAACCUGGUCAACAACUGCCAAGCCCCCAGGAGCUGAUGGGGAAGAUCUUGAUCAAGAACAAGAAGAAACACCACCACAGGGCAUCUAACGGUGGGAGCAUCAGACGCAAGGACGGGACAGACGAACAGUGCUCACCUUUGAAUGAUUGUCCGUUGUCUGAUGGGGAGGUGGGCCAGAACAUGUCCAAUGGGGGUGAGAAGCUUGCAGAGAGGAUGGCCAAAGACCUUGAUAUCCGCAAGUCUAUUGACGGAGAGAGUGACGAAGAGGAGGAAGAGGAACCCAUUCCAGAUCCAAAGAAACAUAACAACACUGAUGAGGGUACUGCGUACAGUGAGGUGAACGCUACUGAGGAGAUGUCCACAUUGGUCAACUACAUAGAACCAGUCAAAUUCAAAUCCUUUGAGGCGGCCUGCAAGAGGAAUAAGUAUUUUGAGAUGUCUUCUUUUGUGGAGACCAAAGGCAUGGACACAAUGAAGAAUUAUCCCGGCGAGUUUGUUGAAUACAAUAAAAAGCAGUUAAGUCGCAUCUACCCCAAAGGGACACGUGUGGAUUCCAGUAACUAUAUGCCACAGCUCUUCUGGAACGUGGGCUGCCAGAUGGUGGCGCUAAACUUCCAAACUCUCGACUUGCCGAUGCAGCUGAACAUGGGGGUGUUUGAAUAUAACGGCCACUGUGGGUAUCUACUGAAGCCGGAGUUCAUGAGACGCACAGACAAACACUUUGACCCCUUUACUAUGGACAUUGUAGAUGGCAUUGUAGCCAACACAGUUAGAGUCAAGAUCGUCUCAGGCCAGUUUCUGAGUGAUAAGAAGGCCAGUGUUUACGUGGAGAUAGACAUGUUUGGACUUCCUGCAGACACUAAAAGAAAAUUUCGAACGAAAACUUCUAACAACAACUCUCUGGACCCAAUCUGGGAUGAUGAAAGCUAUGUGUUCAACAAGGUGGUAUUACCCACCCUGGCAUCUCUUCGAUUAGCAGUGUAUGAGGAAAAUGGGAAGUUUCUUGGUCAUCGUAUCUUGCCAGUAUCGGCUUUGCGCCCAGGAUAUCACUACAUCAGUCUGAAGAAUGAACUGAACCAACCACUCAUGCUGGCAUCCCUGCUUGUGUACACUGAAGUUAGGGACUACAUCCCCAACGAGCACCAAGAAUACGCAGAGGCUCUGACAAACCCCAUCAAACAUCUCUCUCUGCUGGCCCAGAGAGAAAAGCAGCUAUUAGCACUUAUGGAGGAUCUCCCUUUGGAAGUCAGAAGAGGGAUGCUGCGAUACCAGGAUAAGACUGAGAAACCAGAAGAAGGAGACUGCUCUGACUCUGGCUGCGUACCCUCUGCUGACCCUUUCUGCCCUCUGCCAUCUCCAACACUUCCUCCUGUAGUCAGUGAUGUCAUGAACCCUCCUCCAUCAGGCCCAAAAGAAGAUCUAGUCAACAAUAUUCUUAAAGUUAUCGAACCUCAGUCUAUUGAUGAGCUCAAACAGCACAACUCCUACCAGAAGCUGAUGAAGAAACAGUCCAAGGAACUCAAGGAGUUGAGCAAGAAACAUGUGAAAAAGUUGUGGGCUCUCAGUAAGGAACAAAGGACUCGAUGUACUCAGCUGAACUCUGAGCUCCAGAGGAAACGAAGUCAGGUGGAGAAGCGUGUGCGCACCAGUCUGAAGAAAAAAGAAAGUGACAUGACGUGUAGCCAAGUAUCGUGUCCCAUACUCGGACUUUGCGCUCUGCAUUUCACGCAUCCGAGUGCACACACACAGCAUGGGUCAGAGGAGCCCGCACAGAGGGAAUUGAAAGAGCUGGAUCUGGAGCUAGAGAGACAGAAAGAGCAGUUCAGAGAGGAGCAGCUGCAGGAGCUUCUUGCGCUCAGACAGGCACAACAUCAGACAGAGAAAGAGGCUAAACAAUGCCACCUCAAAGAGGCCAAUCAGAAACUGAGGGAAAUCGCCCUAGAAUGCCAAGCAGCCCAGAUCAAAAAACUCAAGGAAGUGUGUGACAAAGAGAAGAAAGAGAUACAGAAGAUUUUGGAAAGGAAGAGGCUAAACAGCAUCAUUGAGGCCAAGAAAUCUGAAAAGGAAAUCAGGGAGCUGACCGAGAUCAAUAGAAAACAUAUCAAUGAAUCGGUCAGCUUAAUCCGUCAGCUGGAAGUGUCUCAGGGGAAGCGUCAAGAGAAGUUGAAAGCCCUUCACAAGGACAUCCUUCAGAAAAUUGAGGAGGAGGUUCCACUGAACCAGGCCCGUCUGACACGCGAGUGCGAGGCAGCGCUGACGCUCUUGCCAGAGGAGGUGUCUCACUUCCUGCAGGAGGUCGAGAGCAAAGGCUCUCGUAAAGACACCCUGAUAGGUCAGGCCAAUGACAGCCUCAGCUCUGGCCCCUCCUCCAACUGCAGCACGCCCCCUUACACCUCCCCAAACCACAGCUGUGGGAGCAACAUGGGCAAUGUCUCACUGCUGGAAUCCUCCUCAACCUCAAACACUCCCGUCAAGUCAGAGACGGAUACUACAGGAGUGUACUAGUGAUACUACAAUUUGUUUUAUUUGUCUUUCCCAUCACUCUCUCCAAUCCAUUUCUAUCCGCAGUGGAUUUAAAGAAUAGACAUAGUAUUACUAAAACAUUUUAUGAUUUUUUUCUGAGGAUUUUUGUUGUUGUUGUUUUUUAAAACUGCAUACACUUUGCCACUGUCUGUCGGAAUCAAAUCUGACAUCUUUUUAUUUUUUUUAAACCAAAGUUCUGUUUUAAUGGAUUGUGGAUUUUAUCCAGCUCUAACGACGUGGGCUCUCGUACAUACUAAUGCCUGUUCGUAAGACACCUGUGGAAACCAGAGGGACGGGCUUCUCCAUUUCUGUUGUAUAUUUUGCACUUUGCAGCUUUACAUGUAGUUCCACUAGUCGUCCUCAAGGUGGCAGUGUAAAUUUGACAGUAAAGAAUUCUGAGGCUGUGAUGCUAGCGCUAGGCUAUUGCUUAAUCUGGUGGUACAUGUUUACAUAAUAAUGCACAGAUGGACUAUUGCUUUAUCCACCCCCGAAAAACACAAUUUCAUUCAUUUCAUUACACCACUGCAACCGAAACAUCCUGUCAUGUGAAUGUUUAUCGGGUUUUAAAUUCACUGUCAGAAAAAAAUCUGCAAAAAUGAUACCAAUAAGGGAACAGUACCUUGUCACAACUGGACAACUUUGCUCCUUAUCUAUCCCUAUAAGGUGUAUAUUAGUACCUUAGAGUUGUAAUAUGUACUGUUAAAGUAUUACAGGGAAUCUUUUAGGGUUAAAUAUGGUGUGUUGUCCAUUUAACACAGCAGUUGUAACUAAAAAAAAAAAAAUUCUGGGUGUAUAUGGUGUUUGUUUGUGUCCCAUGACACUUAAAUGUUUAAGUGCCUCACAUC